AUGAGCGCAAUCCUCCGUAUGGUCCAAGAGACCCAAGAUUCCCUCUCCGACGAUGCCCUCCUACCCCUUAAGUCGUACAAGUACUCGAGUGUCGACAAAUCGUUUAUCUCAAAUUACAUCUUGAGACACUAUUGGAAUGCCUUCGUCGAGCUUGUUCCUAUGUGGAUGGCACCUAACAUGGUGACCCUUCUCGGGUUCAUGUGGAUUGUCGCCAAUGUCUUCAUCAUUGAUGUCUUUGUGCCGGAUAUGGUGGGACCUGGCCCUGGGUGGAUUUACUUCAGUUUCGCUCUUGGCAUGUGGAUGUACUCGACCCUCGACAAUGUGGACGGUAAACAGGCACGCCGCACAGGAACAUCCAGCGGCCUCGGAGAACUUUUUGAUCACGGAAUCGACUCUCUGAAUUGCACCCUGGCCAGUCUGCUUUCGACUGCAGCAAUGGGCUUCGGCUCCACGCAACUCGGUGCUUGGACUGCUAUUGUCCCCUGUCUGGCCAUGUACUUCUCCACCUGGGAGACUUUCCACACCCACACCCUGUACCUCGGCUACUUCAACGGCCCAACUGAGGGCCUUUUGAUCGCCAUUAGUAUUAUGGUCGCCUCCGGUAUCUGGGGCCCCGGUAUUUGGUCUCAGCCUAUUACUGGAUUGAUUAACAUCCCGCAACUCUUUGGUACCGCUUCCAUUAAGGACCUCUGGGUGCCGAUCUUGCUCGGUGGUUUCUUCCUCGGCCAUCUGCCCGGCUGUGUGAUGAACGUUGCUGCUGCGCGCAAGAAGCAGGGCUUGGCUUUCACUCCCAUCCUCAAGGAGUGGGUCCCUAUGAUCGCGUUCACCAGCUGCAUCAUUGCGUGGCUCUUCUCUCCUUACUCAACCAUUCUGUCCAACAACCACCUAAACCUGUUCUGCUGGGUCAUCGCUUUUGUAUUUGGACGUAUGACCACCAUGAUCAUCUUGGCCCACCUGUUGAGACAGCCAUUCCCCUUCUGGACUGUUCUGCAGGCCCCACUCAUCGGUGGCGCAGUGCUUGUCAACCUUCCCAUCCUUGGCUUCCCAGUCAUUGCUCCAUGGUUAGAGCUCCUCUACCUCCGCGUGUACCUUGUCUUCGCCUUUGUCAUCUACAUGCACUGGGCAGUACUUGUCAUUAACCGCAUCACCACUUUCCUCGGCAUCAACUGCCUUACCAUUCGCAAGGACCGCAGUGUCGCCAGAGACCGGGCUUACCGCACUCUCGGUGACGCUCCCCUUGAGGAGCCCCGCGUCUCCACUGAUACCAACAAGACUCAUUAG